AUGCCGCGGGUCGAGGUCGCCACCUUCCGGCAGUGGGACAUUGACCUGCUGCUGCUGGCCCUGGGGCAGCUGCACGAGCGCCGCCGACAGCAGCUGCGGCCGCUGGGGGCCGGGGGCUCUCCGGCAGGCCCCUCGCCGGAGCAGCUGCGCCGGGAGGGCGACGGCGACGAGGCGGAGACUCCUGCGGUGGAGACCUACCUCGUGCCCCCCGACAUGCUGAUGCGGGUGAAGGUGAGCCUGCUGAAGCACCUGCAGGUUGACGCACCCAGCCAGGGCCACAGCCCGCCGCCGUCAUCCUCUGUUGUCGGCCGCGCGCGUCACGUGCGCGUUGCGUCCGAUGGCAGGGGUGGCCUGGGCCAGGGAAGCAUCCGGCAGAGCACCGGGGAGGUCUACUUCGAUGGGCCCGGCGGCGAGCUGUGUGGGGAACGCUUGCCGGUGGGGACCAGCACGGCUGAGCCAUCGCGUGUCCCCGCGGCGUUCUGCUGCCGCUGGGUCGGCGACGCCACAGGCGGCACAGAAGUGGACUUCUUCGUUGACGUCCAGGGCGCAUCUGGAGGCACCACCGCGGUACCCCUGAAGCAGCGUGACCUCGCCGCUUUCGCUACUGGCAGCCUGCAGGGCAGAAGCGAGUCUGAGCCGCUGCACCGGGUGCAGGCAGCCAUACGAGAGCGCAGCCUGCGGCCCUCUGUGCGUGCCACAUUCCGCAGGUCCACCUUCGCCGCAUUCGGUGACCCCGGCAGCGAAGUCGUGGCUUGGACCACAGUCGACGAGGACCUCGUAUUCUAUGACGAGCCGGAGGGGAGCGACUCCGCCGCCUGGUGCCAGUCGCUCCCGGGGGGCACGCGGCCGCUGCCGGACAGGCGCAUCGCCUGCGAGCAGGCCGUGCUGCGCGUGUGCAGGGGCCGCAGUGGGCCACGGGGCCCUGGCCCCAGCGCGGCGACGGGCGGCCCGCACGACGAGGAGCUGGAGUGGCCCGAGGAGCUGCGCGCCCUGAAGCUGCGCCGGGCGCACGGCUUCUCGAAGGCCCUGCACGGCACUGCGCUGCUGCGCGGGGAGCUGGCGCCGGUGCGGCCCGCCUGGCUCCACGAGGGCGUGCCCGGGUCGUGCAGCGAGGGCUCUCCCAGCACGCCCGCGGGCACGCCCAGCGAGCGCCCGGCCGCAGCCGCUGCGGGCUCGCGGGCGCUGGCGCCCGGGCCCUCCGCGGGUUCGCAGGCGGCGCCCGCUGCUGCGCCGGCGGCGGCGUCCGCGUCGCCUCCGCGGCCGCCAGGCUGGUGCCGCACCGCGGCCGCGGCCGCCGCCCAGGGGGCACGCCGGCUUUGCGCGCGCAGGGCGCCUGUGGAGCUGCGUGUGGACCCCAAGGUGCCGCUGGCGAUCGAGAGGACGGCGCUGGCCUGGAUGCGCUCCGCCGCGCUGCUCUCGGGGCUGAGUCAGCUGCUGCUGAGCUCCGACGACCAGAUCUCGCAGCUCAACGGCUUCCUGGUCGCCCUCGUGGCGCUGACGUUUGCCUUCUGGCCGGUGGUGGACUUCCGCAGGGCCGCGCUUCGGCUCCGGGAGGCCAGCGGCAAGGGUCACCAGCCGAAGGUGAAUCGCCUGUUGCCUCAGGUGCUCUCCGGGCUGCUGGCGUUUGUCCUCGUUGCGAUACUCCUCGUGGACGUGUUAUUUAAUGAUGCGGAGUGA